AAACGAGUGUCUGAGAAGGAUCGAGGGCGGGUGUGGUUACGUCAGAGCAAGGCGAGCAUGCAGUAUAUAUAGGGCACCCAGGACAGUCGUCUUCAGUCACUUCUCAUCAACGACCACCAACCAAAAUGAAGGCUGUCCUGGCACUGUGCUUCUUGGGAGUAGCUAGCGCUGCUCUCAUUCCUCUGACCUACAACUCUGGUAUCAUCCCCUACACCGGCGUUUUUCCUCAGAGCACAGGAUUCCUCCCCAUCAGCUCUGGAAUCAUCCCUCAAGCUGGAAUCAUCCCUCAAGCUGGAAUCAUCCCUCAGACCUACUCCGUUGGUGCUCCCGCCAUCACCACCUACCAGGUCAGCGCAGUGGCUCCCGCCCCUGGAUACGUUGCAAAGACUUUGGGAUCUGAACACGUUGCCCCUCUCCCAGCUGGAAGUGCCAACUUCGCCUCCCACCACAUCAACGUGGCAAAGGCCCCAGGUACUGAAUAAAUUCAAGGUACCUGUACAAGACCAGAUGCCAGGAACACCGACCUCCACUCUUCUUACUCGGUGACAGUGACUUUAGGCCUCGAAUUCUACUCAACUCUUUGAGGAUUUAAUCCUUGGCCUAGAAUCUCAGUCACUGACACGACCACGGCUUUGGACCCCAAUGUCAAUGUCUACAACUUACCACCUCUGCAGACAUAAGCACUCGCGAAUAAUCACAUCCAAAAUGAUACUAGUUUUAUCCAUUUUGGCUUCACUCUUUGCACUGACUCAAAAUAUAUAAGCUGGGAGAUUGGAUGAGAAUGAUUCUUCAACUUUUUGUUACAAAAAUAAAAAUUUAAAAAUCAA